AUGGAAAACCUAGACUUGAAAAGCUCAAGAAGCCAGAUUAAAAUUCUGGGGACCUUGGUUUCAAUUUCGGGAGCAUUGAUUGUAACACUGUACAAGGGGCCUCCGAUUGCCUCCUUGUCGACUCCAUCCUUAUCACUCUCCUCUAAAGUCUCUCUUCCAUCACAACAACCAUUUUCUUCCAACAUGUUGACAACUGCAAAUAAUUGGGUUCUUGGCAAUUGCUUCAUUAUCUGUUGCAACAUGGAACAUUUCUCAGAGAGAGACAACAUGAAUGCUUGGAAACUAAGGCCUGAUAUUGAGGUCAUUUCAGUCAUCUACUCUGCUGUUUUUGGAAGUGUGGUAACAUAUUCUGUCCAAACUUGGUGCAUAAACAAGAAAGGCCCUGUUUUUGUGGCCAUGUUUAAGCCCCUCGGCAUAGCUAUUGCUGCCUUAAUGGGUAUCAUCUUCCUUGGCGAUGCACUCCAUGUCGGAAGUUGGAGCCACUGUAAUUGUGAUAGGGUUUUAUGGAGUAAUAUGGGCACACUCUAAAGAAGGGAAGGUUGAAGCUCAGGGAGCAGAUAGGCUGUCUUCUUCCCCACACAAGACAGCUCUCUUGCAAGACCAUAGGGCUGCUUAAAACCAGUCUCAUUGCAUACAGUAAAUGAUUAUGUUUACUGAACGUGUAACAAACGUUUUUGUACCUUGUUAUCGCCUUUUAAUUCUAAUCAGUUGCGGAUUGUCUCUCUUUUGUCUUAAUUGGGC